UUUAACUUAGUUUCAAAGCAUUAAAAAAAAGAAAAGAAAAGAAAAAAAGAUGGCCAUUUUAUAAAGUAAUGAAAUUGAGCAGAUUCUUCUUCUUAUUAAAGUAGAGAAAAGCAGUACAUAGGAAGAUUUAGAGAAGUUGUUUGUUUAUGUUAUUAGUUUUAAACACAAAAUCUAUGUUUAGUAAGUAGUUUAGAACAGGGAUAUGAUGAUUAAUGGAGAGAUCACUUUUGGGAAGAAGAAGAUAAUGGGUUGUUCAGUGGGCAGUGAAGAAACUGUAAUGCAGUGGGAGAAAACUGAAAUGGAAGAUAUUUCAUCUUCUCAGGAGAAGAUUUUUGUUUCAGUUAGGUUAAGACCUUUGAAUGCUAGAGAGAUUGGUAAGAAUAAUAAUGAUGGUUCAGAUUGGGAAUGUAUUAGUGAUAAUACCAUUAUAUUCAAGAAUAGUAUUCCUGAAAGAUCAAUGUAUCCAACUGCUUAUACAUUGGAUAGAGUAUUUCAAUGUCAUUGCACCACCAGACAAGUCUAUGAAGAAGCUGCUAGAGAAGUUGCUCUAUCAGUUAUCAGUGGUAUUAACUCUUCUAUUUUUGCAUAUGGACAAACAAGUAGUGGGAAAACAUACACCAUGAAUGGAGUUACCGAGUAUACAGUGACAGAUAUUUACGAUUAUAUCAAGAGGCAUGAGGAAAGAGCAUUUGUAUUGAAGUUCUCUGCAAUGGAAAUCUAUAACGAGGCUGUCAGGGACCUCCUAAGUGGAGAUUCUACUCCACUAAGACUUCUCGAUGACCCAGAGAGAGGGACGAUUAUAGAGAAACUUACUGAGGAAACUCUGAGGGAUUGGAGUCAUCUAAAGGAGCUACUUUCUGUUUGUGAAGUCCAAAGACGGGUGGGGGAGACUUCUUUAAAUGAAUAUAGCUCCAGAUCACAUCAAAUUCUUAGACUGACAGUUGAAAGUUCAGCAUAUGAGUUUUUAGGGAAGGACAACUCAACCACUCUCUCAGCUAGUGUGAACUUAGUUGAUCUGGCGGGAAGCGAACGUGCAUCUCAAGCAUUAUCAGCUGGUACGAGACUGAAAGAAGGUUGCCACAUAAAUCGCAGUUUGCUUACUCUAGGAACGGUUAUUCGCAAGCUAAGCAAAGGAAGAAAUGGGCAUGUUCCUUACAGAGAUUCUAAGCUCACACGUAUACUUCAACCUUCUUUAGGAGGCAAUGCAAGAACAGCAAUUAUAUGUACAGUUAGUCCUGCGAGAAACCAUCUUGAACAGUCAAAAAAUACCCUCUUAUUUGCAAGUUGUGCAAAAGAGGUGUCUACAAAUGCACAUGUCAAUGUAGUCAUGUCAGAUAAGGCUCUGGUAAAGCAUUUGCAAAGGGAGCUUGCUAGACUAGAGAGUGAAAUGAGAAAUCCAGCUCCUACUUCUGCCACCUUUGAUACCGUAACAUUGUUAAGACAGAAGGAUAUUCAGAUUGAAAAGAUGGAGAAAGAGAUAAAAGAGCUGACACAGCAAAGGGAUCUUGUUCAAUCUCGACUCGACAAUUUAUUGCAAGUAGUCGGAAAUGGCCGAAAUUCAAGAAAAUGGGACGAUUUUGAUAAAACACAACAUAUUAUCCCGCGGAAAGCAUGGGAGUGUGGAAGUUCAGUAUCAGACUCUCAAGGGAUUUCCGAAAAACAUUUUUUGAAUGUGGGUGUUACAAAAUCCAAUACAUCUCUGUACUCUAAUGAUCACAGUGAGAAUCAUGGCGAGGAUUACGACCUACAGCUUCCUGGAAAUGUUGAAGACUAUUUUCUUUCUGAUGGUAACGCUCCACAACUCCCAAUUGAUACUUCUACAUUUGACAGACCUAAUCCAUCCCAAAGCUGGGAGGGGAUCACCCAAGGCAGUCAUGAAGAUUUUGAUGACCUAUGCAAGGAGGUUCGGUGCAUCGAGAUGGAAGAGUGUAGCACAAAUAGAAACAGAAACCCCAUUGUUUCAACACCUGAAGAAAGUGAAGUGAUUUCACCUUUCACUCCAAAUGAAUAUACAGCUGACCAGGAAUUAGUAGCAUCCGUAAGGAAAGAUGGAGAGUUGAGCAACAGCACUGCAGCUUAUACACCACCAGAAAAUUUUGUAGAUGUGCGCAAAACUAUUACUGACUUUCUUGCCAAAUCUUACCCUGAUGAAACAUCUAUGUCAGUUCUCAAAUCGAAUCUUUCUAGCUCUAGAAACUUGCAGCUGAGUAAAAGCAAAAGUUGUAGAGCAACUCUUACGACUGGCUCGGCAUCUCCCAGCGUUCAGAUUUCAGAUGACAUGUAUAACACGCCGAAAUAUUGGUCAGAGAAAUAUGUGCCUGGUAAACAUGAAGGUGUUGCACUGAAAAAUGAAAGCUUAUCACGGGAAAAUAGUUCUGAGACUUCUCAUCAAAAUGGCAUCAUAGAUGAACUGAAAGGACAAGAUGUCAAGGUUCAAGAGACACAACUAAGCAUAGAUGAACUUCAAAAGACUCGGAAAGAUGUGGGGGUAGACCCAAUGCAAGAUUUUAUGGAAUCUCCUUCGAAUUUUCCCUUGGUAUUUGAGAGGCAACGAAAAGAAAUAAUUGAACUUUGGCACACAUGCAAUGUUUCACUUGUCCAUAGAACAUAUUUUUUCCUGCUGUUUAAAGGUGAUCCGAUGGACCACAUAUACAUGGAGGUGGAGCUCAGGAGGUUGUCGUUUCUCAAAGAAAAAUUCUCUCGAGGAAAUAGUGAUAAACCCGCUGUUGAAGGAGGCCGCGCUCUCACCCCAGAUUCAAGUUUGAGAGCACUUUAUCGGGAGAGGGAAAUGCUGAGCAGGCGGUUGCAGAAGAAAUUCUCUGAAGAGGAGAGAAAAGGACUCUACGAAAAAUGGGGAGUCAGUUUAGACACAAAUGAGAGGAAACUCCAGCUGGCCUAUCUUCUUUGGACUGAAACAAAAGACAUGGAUCACAUCAAGGAGAGUGCUUCUCUUGUCGCGAAGCUGGUUGGGCUCGUCGAGCCAGAUCAGGCUCUCAAGGAGAUGUUUGGCCUCAGUUUCACUCCUCGGCCUAUUAAACGAAGGUCUUACAGCUGGAAAGGCGCUAUCCUCCCUCGUAUGAGCCUGUAACCAGUGGUCUCUGCGCAGCUAUAUAAAGCAACGAUUGGUUCCAUCUCUGACUGAAAUCUACCACUAAUUCCUCAGCCUUAGCUUCCUUCUUUUUUGAUCCUCUGAUCUCGAUUCUUGAUAGCGGUGUGAAGAAAAGUUUGUAUAUUUGCACAGCUAAAACUGAAUUUCAUUGUGUUAUUGCUCAUUAGUGAUGUUUGCGUCUACUACCUGAUGAUGAUUAAUAAAGAAACUGAUGAGCCUAGCUUUUUUUUUGCGGCAUCAGUUCAUACUAGCAUCUAUAUUUCACUGUUAAAGUUCGAUGGUA